AUGGUGUAUCGGAAUUUCGGUGCCAAGCCUUUUCGGUUCUAUAACUCUUGGCUUUAUAGGGAUGGGUUGGAGGAUAUUGUGAUUAAAGUUAAUUCUAAUAUGGUCAAUACAGAGAUUGUUGAACCCCCUGAUGUGUUGUUUAUGAAGAAGUUGAAGUGUAUCAAAAAUGAGAUAUUGUCUUGGGUUAAGAAGGUUAAAGAAACAGAAGGUGAGGAAGAGAAUAGUUUGAAGGCAGAUCUAAACGAUCUUCAAAUGGCCAUGGAAGAUAGAGAUCUUUUAGAAGAAGAGGUGUUGGUUUUUCAGGAAGGUACGAACCGGUCGAAGGAGUUGGAUUUUUUUAGAAGUCUCGACUUGAAGCAAAAGUCUCGUGUGCGAUGGGCGAAGGAGGGCGAUGAAAACACGUCUUUCUUUCAUGGUUUUAUCAAUAACAUGAAGGUGAACAAUGCGAUUCCGGGGCUUAUGAUUGAUGGUGUGUGGGAGACUAGACCUUCUUUUAUUCGUUUUUUCCGUAAUAAAUUUUCUGAAGAUUUAAUCGAAAGAUCUUUUCUCCAAUGUUACGGGUUAAAGGUUUUAGACGCGGAAGAUGCAGGUUUACUGAUUUGGCCUUUUUCUGAAGAGGAGAUCAAAGUCGCUGCUUUUAAUUGUGGGAGUGAUAAAGCUCCCGGCCCCGAUGGAUUUUAG